GUCUAUGGAUCGGAACGGAAGUGCGUUGAUUUCCUUUAUAGAAGCCAUGUUUGAAGCAUCGGAGCGACAUGUGAAAUAUAUUUACUUACCGUGCACUCGAUAUCUGCAUAAAUACUGAUUAUAAUGCAAUUUUUAACCCAAAAUUGAAGUAAUUACUACGUCACUAAUUUUGUUUGUAUUAAAAGAGCUUUACACAAUCCAAGUGCGUGUGCGAUUGAAAACAAAUUGACAUUCAUAAAGCUACUCGUAUAAACUCCAUCAUAUCUCAAUACCUUUGUACAUAUCAUUCCAUUAAUUGUUAGGAUGGAAACGUUUUAUUCACAUCACCUUCGUACAUUUAUUCCUGCAGUUAAUUCUUCCAGUGUUACUUUUGGAAGUGAAUGGGGUUCUCAGGGAAGUGUUAUUACGUUGGGUGUAGUUCUAGGCAGCUCUAUUAGUUUGGUUGGACUAGCUUUUGCAUUUAUUACAUACAGUUUAUUUUCAGAUUUACGUUCACUUGCUGGAACAGCCCUCCUUAGCCUUUUGGCUACUUUAUUUAUGGCACAGCUUUUAUUCGUUAUUGGGGUGGGCGGCAUACAGGAUCCUGAACUUUGUGUUUCUUUAUCGCUGGCAUUUUUGUUUAUGAAGCUAGCAUCUUUAUGUUGGAUGAUUUGCUGCUGUCAUCAGGCCCUUAGAACUUUUCGUCAUAGUGUAAAUUUGAUUUUUCGACCCGAACCGAAAAUGUGCAAACUGCUCACUGAAUACAAUUGUUUUUCUUGGGGAUUUCCUCUUCUUAUGGUAGCUAUUGCAGCUGCAUUUAAAUACAAUGAAACAUCCAGCGUGAGACCUUGGCUUAAAAAGACAAUCGACAAUAGAGCUUCAAGAGAUGAAUUUAUAGCAAGACAUUGCUGGAUUAUGGAAGGUCAAGCAUAUAUUUGGGCGUAUAUGGUUCCAGCGAUAUUCAUCCUUUUUAUUGGUUUUCAUUUAGCGUAUCAGGCCAAACAUACCGCGAAAAUAUCCGCGCAAAUGCAAGUUGACGUCAAAACAAGGCGUAAAUUGAUAAAACGAAGACUUUUACAAUGUGGCUUAUUUAUUAAGAUAUUAACUUUAUUUACCAUUGUUAACAUAUUUGGUUCACUCGCGGCCUUAAUGGAAGUAGUAGAACUUUGGGCUGUAUACUGCAUAGCGCAAGGCGUUCAGGGAAUAGUAACUGCUUUAUUAGUUACUUGCAACUGCCGCGUUCUCAAGUUAUACACGUCUUCCAGAGGAACUAAGUUUCAACAGGGAAUGUACAAUAAUUUAAGAGACGGUGAGGGUGGCAGAUAUGGUGUUCUCACUGUUACAAAUCCAAAUUAUCGUGAAGAUGGAGUUCUUCAAGCAGCGCCAGAUGAACCACCUGCUAUCGGCAAUCAACGUGGUGCAGAAACCGAGGAAGACAUAGAUGGAAGUGGAGAUGAUACUUUUGUAUAUGCCCGUUAUGAAGAAGAAUCUUUUGUGGGGAGACAGAUGUCAAGGAAAACAAUCCUUAGAUCUGGAAACGUCAACAGUGAGCUUACUGAUUCACUGCCUACCAACGCUAUACAGCUAACACCCUUGCCUCAAACUGUUUAAACAAAUCAAAAUUCAAGUCCUACAAUCUACAUAUCCACAUGAUUCCUCAUUCGAUUCGUUCAUUUACGAAUUCCUUAUAAUCAUACUGGUUAUAGGAUACACAAAACUGGAAAGGAAAUAAGACAACUGCAUUGUGAAGCCCAAGGUGAAAAAGCGGAUUGGAUAAAGUUUUGUGAAUUCAGCAACAUUACAAUCAACGUUAUUAACUACAUACAUUUUUUGUUAAUAUCUAUGACCUCGUACAAAUAUAACCUUUAGUUGUCGUUUGGAAAAUUAAUUUUGCCAAUACGGAGUUUUGAGUCGUGAUAAAAUAUGUAAAUUCAAAAAAGUCGUGAAUAAAUAACAUUUUGCAAUAUCCGGUAACACAAACUUCAAAGUAUCGGAAGCAUCGGUUAUAACUAUCAGUAAAAUCCAUAAGUUAAGUAGUAUCCCUGUCGUGAUGGUAAAGCAUCUUGCACAUGAGCUGCGAACUACAAACUGUGGAAGUUCACCUAUUUUGACUUUUGUUUCACAUAAGCUUUAUUUCUAUUCGCAGACAGAGACGAAUUGUCAAUUUAUAAUUACCCUUUUUAAUAAACAAAACAAGAGUGGCAUAAUUUUGAGGUUAAGUUGAGCGCGAACAAUUUAUUCGUUGCAGUGUGGAUGGUAUGUGGAACGCGAAUAGAGUUUGACAGUUCGUAGCAACAACACUGCAAUUCGUUACUAGUAAUUUGUUUUUACAAAAUUAUCUUGUUUUAGAGAACCAAAUGCAAAUUUUAUUAUCCUAACAAUCAAUUGGUUUCUUAUAAUUUAAAUGUGUUUUUGUUUGAAUUUGACUUAUUGAAAUGAGUAAAAUCACGUUUGUUCGUCCAUUUGUUGUUCGCUCUCGUGUGCAAGGCCCUUAAGUGCGUAGGACUGUCACGCGGUCUUAGGUUCAAUCCCUGUAUGUGCCACAUGUAAGAGUAUUGUCUCUUUCGAGGAAUUGGAAAAACCUCCAAAAGUAAUUUUUGUCAUGGAAAGUGCUUUCUCAAUUUAAUCGUUUGGAUUCAGCAUAGAAACUGCAUGUCCCAUCCAUCCCUGUCAUGACUCGCACACAGGAAUGGUUGAGAGUUGUAAGCCACUAGGCCCUGGACUAUGCACUAUUGCGCAACCUUAUUUGUUUUUUAAAAUCCAUAAGUAAAUGUUCAAACAGAAAAAAUCUGAAAUGUUUUACUGAUGACAGUUUAUAGCAAUAAGUAAAAUUAUAGGUACUUAAUAACCAAGAGCCUUGUGCAUGAAACAAUAAUAUUUAUUUUGUUUUCCUAUUGAUCUCAACACCAUCAAAGGAAAUGGAAUUUUGUUUGCAUUUUGCAGUCAGCAGAAAAAAUUAAAUUUCGUUUAACAUUAAAUAAAAUGUAUAUUUAUAUAAUUUUAUAAAAUGUAUUUUCGAAAUGAUAUGCUUUGAUUAUUUCCUUUUGAAAAAAAAAUACCUACUUGAUAUUAGAAUAAAUCUUAUGGCAUUAAUGUUUGGUGAAAAAAUAGUUCUAACAUUUUUAAAAAUAAAAUAAUUUGUUAACGUUUACUGAUAGAUAUAACUGGCACCUUAUGAACGGCUACUCAAGUGAUGUCUCGCUGACAGUUGAACAAAAACAAAAUAUAUUGAAAUAUGUCAUUUUUAACAUUUACUGGAUGUCCCAUUUUUAAAGUUCUGAAAAAAAAUGUCAACGCUCAUGUCACUUUUAAUAUAAUUUAUGUAAUUUCCUAUAACGAAAGCGUAUAGGUUGCUGACGACUUAAAUUUGAUCAGGGACCUAAGUCAUCAGCAACUUUUAAAGCUAUAUUCUCGUUCAACAAGCAGUUAUAUGAGCUUAGUUAUAAACUUAUCUAUUGUAAUAGCUAAUUAAAAUGUCCAACUUAAUAAAUACGAGAUAUUCGAAAAAAUGAGCACAAAAAUACAAAAGAUUAAGAAUUCUAUGCUACGGGUCACUACGAGAAACUAAACAAAGUUAGCCGAAUUAUUUGAAUAAGAGAAUAUAAAAUAAUUUAUUAAAAUAUUGUUAACAAAAAAUAUUUUUUUUAACAAGAUAUGAAUAUAGCAUAUACUCAAAAUGAUACCGAGCGCCUGAAUGACUUAUUUAAAUAGAUAUUAGCUAUUUUUAUUGGUAUUUGAAGUUAUUUAAUAAAGUUCAAAUAUUUACAUAAUUUA